UGUGCCGUAUCAGAUGGGCGUUCCCUGCUCCUCUCCGCAUGCUUGGUGGAAUCUACAGAAGCACGACUGCUGGAACGGGACGUCCUGGCAUCGCGGGUUCGAGAGGUGGAGGAAGAGAACCGGCAGAUCCGCCUCCAGCUGAGCCAAUCGCAGGGCCUGGCUGCCCAGCCUGUCGAGGGUAACUAUGGCAACCAGCAGUGGGUGGCAUCAGCAGACACUGGUCCAGAAGAUGCGGAGAACACAGCCGAGGAACGGGCCAAUCACAGCGAGUGUUCUCGCUCACCCACCGCAGAGAAGUGUGAGUUGAUUCAUGUGGCGUGUGUGUGUGCGGGUCACAACGCCAGUCGGGACGUGGUUACUCUGGUGAAAUCCAUCCUGUUUCACAGGAGAAACCCACUACACUUUCAUUUCAUCACAGAUACAGUGGCCAAUCAGAUCCUCAGCACUCUGUUCCAGUCGUGGAUGGUGCCGUCCGUACAAGUCAGCUUCUAUGACGCUGAUGAACUCAAAUCGGAGGUGUCAUGGAUACCAAACAAACACUAUUCAGGAAUUUAUGGCCUGAUGAAGCUCACACUCACCAAAGCUCUGCCAUCCAACCUUUCAAAGGUCAUCGUCCUCGAUACAGACAUCACCUUCGCCACUGACAUCGCUGAGCUGUGGGCCAUCUUCCGGAAGUUCACAGAGAAACGGGUGAUUGGUCUGGUAGAGAAUCAGAGCGAUUGGUACCUCGGUAAUCUGUGGAAAAAUCACAAACCCUGGCCAGCCCUCGGGAGGGGCUUUAACACAGGUGAGGGCUUGCAGCUUCUAUUUCAACUCUGCUUAUCAACCAACACUGUGUUCCAAACAGCAGUUUUUCUUCAGCACGCACUAGAGGAGUUAGAUGAGGACGACCAGUGCUAUGAUUUUCGGAGGGAGCGAAUCAUGGUGCACAGGGUGCAUCUGUACUUCCUGCAAUAUGAAUACACACCUACAGAUGAUGGCACAGACAUCACGCUGGUCGCACAGCUCUCCAUGGACAGACUGCAGAUGCUGGAGGCCAUCUGUAAACACUGGGAGGGCCCCAUCAGUUUGGCCCUAUACAUGUCUGAUGCCGAGGCUCAACAGUUCCUGCGUUACGCUCAGGCCUCUGAAGUCCUCAAGAACCGCAAGAAUGUAGGCUAUCAUAUUGUUUAUAAGGAGGGUCAGUUCUACCCUGUCAAUCUGGUACGCAAUGUGGCGCUCCGCAACGUCAACACACCCUACGUUUUUCUGACUGAUGUCGAUUUUCUGCCCAUGUACGGCCUCUACGAUUACCUCAGAAAAAGUAUAGUCCAACUGGACAUGGCCAGUACCAAGAAGGCUCUGGUUGUGCCCGCCUUUGAGACACUGAGAUAUCGCCUCUCCUUCCCCAAAUCCAAGGCCGAGCUGCUGUCUAUGCUGGACAUGGGGACUCUCUACACCUUCAGGUAUCACGUCUGGACAAAGGGUCACGCGCCAACCAAUUAUGCCAAAUGGAGAACAGCCACAACACCAUACAAGGUGGAGUGGGAGGCAGAUUUUGAGCCAUAUGUUGUGGUGCGACGAGACUGUCCUGAGUAUGACCACAGAUUUGUUGGCUUUGGCUGGAACAAAGUAUCCCAUAUCAUGGAGCUUGAUGCUCAGGAGUACGAUUUUAUAGUGUUACCAAAUGCCUUCAUGAUCCACAUGCCCCACGCGCCCAGCUUUGACAUCUCAAAGUUUCGCUCCAGUCCGAGUUACCGCUACUGCUUGACGACUCUGAAGGACGAGUUCCACCAAGACCUUUCUCGAAAGUACGGUUCUGCUGCUCUCAAGUACCUCACAGCACAGAGGAACAUCUAAACACUGUUUCAAAUGUACUUUAGCACACAGGAGAAUGGCUCGGUCUAGUCAUUUGAGGCUCAACAGCCAACAUGCUGCUCUGCUACAUGUCACGGUGUCUAGAGGAACGAAGCUGAAGCCCACGUCUCUGCUGAAGACUAUGAAAUCAGAGCUUUAAUUCUUCUUUUUGAUAAGUCAUACAGCAGAGAACUGUGAAAACCAAUGACAUCAGCAACACACCCAUCAGACUGGUGGUGAAAACUCGACCAAACAUGCUUGAACUGCUUAAAAGCGUAAAUGGUUGAUGUAUGUUUGUGAUGACCUACUUGCUUUAUAGCCUAAAACGAAUGGUCAUGAUAAAGACCUUUUUUGACAAUCAGGGCUUUUUCUUCACUAAAGAUCUACGGCUAGCGGUCCAUGGCACAACACAGCUUUGAACCUGGCUGAGAGCAUUCGAUGGAGUAUCAAAAGGACGAGAAAUUAAUGAGCUUUCCAAAGACUCUUCUGCUGGACUGAAGUGUGGGGAGGCCAUCAAGACGAGGGACUUUAAAGCCUUAUAAUUUCACUGAUAUUUAAAACAUUAAAAAAUAUUUUUCUUUGUUUUUAAUGAAUACAAAACAAUUUAUGAACAACGACCUACAGCCUAUGUAUGUUUUACAAUAUAAAAUCGAAAAUCACAUUAUUUUUUAAUUUAGAAACACUGAUUUGCUUGUAGCGAAAGAAGGUUGAAUGGUUGAUAGGGGUGCGAGGGAGUAUUUUGUGCAGUUUCGGGAGUCCCGGAUGAAGGUUUAGGUGAGAAAUGAUCAGUGUGUGUAACUGCUGCAUUUAUAAUUGUCACAAAUGGCACAUAUUAAUAUGACGUGCUUAAACAUACAACAUCAUAGCUUAUACCAGGAUGCUUUCCUGCCCUAAACUCAAAUCACUUUUUUCACUUAAAAAAAUUGCACUACAUACUGUUACAAAAAAACAAACAAAAAACAUGAUUAAAUGUACAUUUGCAUUGAGAUCCACUCGAGGGACCAUUAAAAACAGGAGCCAUCCAUUGCAGAAGUUUCUCACAGACUGAAUAUUUUGUUGUCCGGUAUAAAACACUUCCUGUUGUUGAAAACAAUAUUUAUCGUGUAAAAUGUCACUUUCUGGUCAGCCCUGAAAUAAGUAUCCAAUGUCCAAUUCAACAUCAGUCACUCAAAGAUGUAUUUGUAAAAAAAAAAA